CUUUCAGUUUGUUCACACAGUGCCAACACUCUUGAUUGCGGAUGAAUGACUUGACUUCUCAUCAACAGAUAAUGGAGCCCCUGACUUCAUUUGCAAACAACCAGCCCAAUGUCCCACUGUCUAUACCUACAUUUGUCCCUCCCACGUUGAGGGACAGCGAGCGUUACCAUGUGUUCCUCAGCUACAGCAGCACUGACUACCAGUGGACCCACUCCGUCAUCCCCCAGCUGGAGUCCUGCGGCCUUCGGAUCUGCUACAACGAGCGCGACUUCCUUCCAGGACGCACCGUGUUGGACAACAUGUCCGAAUGCAUCCAGGAGAGCCAGAAGGUCCUGCUGGUCCUCAGCUCAGAGUUUGUGAGGAGCCGGUGGUGUCUCCUGGAGGCCAACAUGUCUCUGUUUAGAGACUGCCUGGAGAGGAAGCCCGUUGUCCCAGUGUUACUGGAGUCAGGAGUCUCCGUUCCUCUCCACCUCUGCCAUCUCACCUACCUGGAGGCCAAGGACCCAGACUUUAUGUAUAAGCUCCUCAAAGUGCUGUGUACCCCCAACCAGCAACUUCGAGGGUCGGCUGUGGUGCCCUACCAGCCUCCCUCCAUCUACAACGGGAAGGCCCUGCAGCCGUUGAUCGCGGCCAAUGAUGAAGGACUCUUUAAGUGGGACUGUGGGGUGUUCAGUGACAUGGAGGUGCCAGACCAACUACGUCUGAUCAUUAAGGACCAAGAAACGUACAAAAAAGCUCUGAGGAUCAUCAACAGUGUGGCUAAAGAAAAAGUAUGGCUGCGUUCGCUCUGGCUGAGGGUACUGGUCUACAUUACUGCUAUAAUAGUUAUUGUAGUCUUAAUGUCAGCGGGCUUGAAAGCUAUGUUAAAUGUGGCCUUUUUCUAUUGUGAGAGAUUUUGCGCUAUUAAUUAUUUCAGCUGGAUCUUUGUUGCUUUCUUCAGCGCUCCAUUGGGGUUGUUAGUUCAAAUCUGCCUUUGGAAAAAGGAUGAUGAGAAAUACAUUGUAAGAGAGUUGCAGAAAGCGCUAGGUCAAGCAAAUGUAGUUCUCUUUGAGGAAAAGGUGUUAAUGGGCUGUCGGUCCAAUUCUAAAAUUUAUCUUGUGUAUGUUUCGCUCGACGGUUGCAAGCGUGAGUUUACAAAAACAUUUUCAGAGCAAACAUCUGCUGACGAUAUGUUUCACAGAGCCCUGCUCUUCUUCUCACCUGGUUAUGCCUGCUGCCUUGCUAAAAGACACUUUCCCUUUCCAUAUCCCAGCUCUCCUGGUCACCUGCAGGGAGGGGUGUGCUUCUGCCAGUAUGUUUGUCAGCAGCUUCAAGAUGAAAAAUGGACAUAGGAUGUUAUGUGCAUGUGUCAAAGGAGAGAGAGAGAGAGAGAGAGAGAGUGUAUUUAUCCCA